GAAACUACCCAGCUCCUUCAGACUUCUGAUUUCUUUUUGACUGACGUCAUAUCUGAGACCCUCAGGAAUCACCACAUACCUCAAAGAGCCACUGGAGUCGGUCUUAGCAAGCAUGCCGGAAAUUAUCCUCUCAAUCAAUGCGGGAUCGUCAAGCGUCAAAAUAUCCGUGUACAAGACGCCUGAGAAUGAGUCCAUGGUCCCAGUACAGCUGGCUGAAGCGACAGUCGAAGGCCUGACUGCGCCUCCUGCCAAGCUGAAAUAUGAACGUGGCGAUGAAAAGAUCAAAGGAAAAGAGCUGGAGAAUGUCGAAUCACAGGAAGACGGGUUCCGAUACAUUCUUGAGCACUUGACGAAUGACAAAGGCCUCCCAGAAUUGAAUCAUACCGACGAUAUUCGAUUUACGUGUCAUCGCGUUGUACAUGGCGGUGACUACCCCAGAAGCCAAGUCAUUGACCAGGAAACGUACCAUCACAUCGAAGAGCUCUCUGAUUUGGCGCCACUUCACAAUGCCCCGGCCCUUACCAUUGUUCGGGCAGUAGCAGAAGCCUUGCCGCAUGCUAAGAACAUUGCCUACUUUGAUUCGUCAUUCCACAGCACACUGCCCGAUUACGUAUGCACGUACCCAAUUGACCAAGAGGUGGCGCAGAAGAACAAGCUACGAAAGUACGGGUUCCAUGGCAUCAGCUACUCAUUCAUCGUCAAUGCUGUAACAGAGCAUCUCAAGAAACCGGCCGAUCAGCUCAACAUCAUUGCACUGCAUCUUGGCUCCGGCGCAUCUGCAUGCUGCAUUAGAGGAGGGAAAUCGCUCGACACUACAAUGGGCCUUACUCCUCUCGCUGGCCUACCAGGCGCUACGCGUUCGGGUUCAAUCGACCCAUCGCUAAUGUUCCACUACACGCACAGCGCGGGGAAGCCAUCGCACAGCUCCAGUGGAAAGCUGCACAUUACGCAAGCCGAGGAGAUCUUGAACAAGCAGAGUGGUUGGAAGAGUCUGACCGGGACUACCGAUUUUGGCAAAAUCAGCUCCUCGGAUCGCCAUGAAGACAAGCUUGCUUUCAACAUUUUCGUUGAUCGCAUUCUCAACUACGUUGCUCCUUACUUUACAAAGCUCGACGGAGAGGUUGAUGCUCUUGUAUUCGCAGGAGGGAUUGGCGAGAAGGGUGGAAAGCUGAGGCAGGCCGUUGUGCAGGGAGUCAAAUGCUUAGGCUUUGCGAUUGACGAGAAGAAGAAUGAAGCUCCGAUUGAGGAUGUGGUCACGGACAUAAGUGCAGGCAGCGCUAGAUUUAAGACACUGGUUGUGCAGACUGACGAACAGUUGGAAAUGGCAAGGGGUGUAUUGGCGGACAAGGACCGCUUUGUGGGCAAGAGAUAAUGCUAAUGGAAGUACAUGUCGUUCACAUCUAAUGCAAAGCACAUGCCGCUUAUAAUCAAUGCAAUAUCUCACCGCCCGCCUAAUGCUGUAUUAUUAUGGGGUGUCCUUGGUACACUUGGACAUGUGUCUGAAGCGUCCAUGUUCUCGUCAACAGAGUUGGAUGCUGGCGCGGUGAAGAUGUUGGAAUAGCUUGUUGGUAGUGCGGAAGUAAUGAUUGUGCAUUGUCUAAACUUGUUUAGCUGACUG